UCUGAAUAUUUUUACAAAAGAAAGAAGCAGCAGAAAGGGGGAAGCCGUCCGAUUUAGGUUUUCCAGCGAUGCCGAAGAACAAGGGAAAGGGAGGGAAGAAUCGGAAGAGGGGAAAGAACGAGGCUGAUGAUGAGAAGAGAGAGCUCGUCUUCAAGGAAGAUGGUCAGGAGUACGCCCAGGUCAUGCGUAUGCUCGGGAACGGCCGCUGCGAGGCUACCUGUAUCGACGGCGUCAAGCGCCUCUGCCAUAUCCGCGGCAAGAUGCACAAGAAGGUCUGGAUUGGCGCCGGUGACAUCAUCCUCGUCGGCCUCCGUGACUAUCAGGAUGACAAGGCUGAUGUUAUCUUGAAAUACAUGCCCGACGAAGCCAGGCUGCUGAAGGCGUAUGGGGAGCUGCCGGAGAACACCAGGUUGAACGAGGGCAUCGCUGGUGGGCUGGACGAGGAAGAAGAUGGCCCUGGUGACGAUUACAUUGAAUUCGAGGACGAAGACCUUGACAAACUCUAGAGCCACCACCUCUUGUUGCAAGGGCCAUUUCUUGCAACCACAUUGAUUGCCUCUUGUAUUCUUGAUGAGGUUUUUCCAUCCCUUCAUGUCUACUGUUUUUGAGUAAUUUGGUGAAAGCUUUAUUUGGUCUAAGUUGCAGAAAUGCAGAGUACUACAAUUUUUAUGUACUCUGUUUGAAUUAUUUGAACCAAUAUAUAUACACUUGAUUUGUUUGACA